CUCUGAAGUGUGAGGGUCCCAGGGUUAAAUCGCGGAGGUUUGGGGGUGAUCGACGAUCUCCGUGGACCCUGUUACCGCCCCUACCUCCGUCAUGGAGACCUCAGCGCUCAAGCCGCAGCAGUCUGCGGCGAACAAGAGCAGAAACCUACCCUGGGUUGAAAAAUACCGGCCACAGACACUGAAUGAUCUCAUUUCUCAUCAGGACAUUUUGAGUACCAUUCAAAAAUUUAUCAGUGAAGACCGGCUGCCGCACCUGCUUCUCUAUGGUCCUCCGGGGACAGGAAAGACAUCCACCAUCCUCGCCUGUGCUAAACAGCUAUAUAAAGAUAAAGAAUUCGGUUCCAUGGUCCUGGAGCUGAAUGCAUCAGAUGACCGAGGCAUAGAUAUCGUUCGAGGACCAAUCCUGAGCUUUGCUAGCACAAGGACGAUAUUUAAGAAAGGCUUUAAACUAGUGAUCCUGGAUGAAGCGGAUGCCAUGACUCAGGAUGCCCAGAAUGCCUUGAGGAGAGUGAUUGAGAAAUUUACCGAGAAUACCAGAUUUUGCCUCAUCUGUAAUUAUCUGUCAAAGAUCAUCCCUGCCUUGCAGUCCCGGUGUACCAGGUUCCGAUUUGGGCCUCUGACUCCUGAGCUCAUGGUUCCCCGCUUGGAACAUGUCGUAGAAGAAGAGAAAGUUGAUAUAAGUGAAGACGGAAUGAAAGCACUUAUUACUCUUUCCAGUGGGGACAUGCGAAGGGCUCUGAACAUUUUGCAGAGCACCAAUAUGGCCUUUGGGAAGGUGACAGAAGAAACCGUCUAUACCUGCACGGGGCACCCGCUCAAGUCGGACAUUGCCAACAUUCUUGACUGGAUGUUGAAUCAAGACUUCACCACAGCCUACAGAAAUAUUAUGGAUUUGAAAACUCUGAAGGGAUUGGCAUUACACGACAUCCUGACAGAGAUACACUUGUUUGUGCAUAGAGUUGACUUUCCAUCUUCAGUUCGAAUACAUUUAUUGACCAAAAUGGCAGACAUUGAAUACAGACUUUCUGUUGGCACCAAUGAGAAGAUUCAGCUGAGUUCCCUCAUUGCUGCUUUUCAAGUCACCAGAGACCUGAUUGUGGCAGAGGCCUAAAUGGCGAGGCCUGUGGGCAACAAUUCUGAAGGCCCAGUAAUGCCUAGCAGAGGACCCAGUUACAGGAUGAGCUGCUGCCCUGGGCCCCCGUGAUGAAGCCACAGUCACUUGUCUUAGAGAACUCCAAUCCAGGCUUUGGGUAGGCAGGCGUCAAAAACGUACCGCAUUUGUGGCAGUUUGGCGCAGAGAAGUACAAAAUAAUUUUAGUGUACAAGUAUCUGAUUGCUCUGCCCAUUUGUUUUUCAUAAGGGGAAAAAAACUCGUCAGCCUUAAGGAUUUUACCUUUCCAUUGCUUGAAUUGACAAGAAACUGGCUCUCUUAUUUUGGUUUGGAACAUAAGGCUUUCAAAUCUAAUAUAGUCCCAGUGUCCUUCAACUCAAGGUAAACAGAACCUCUCCAAAAUUAAGUUUAUAAAUAUAAUCUUUGGCACUGUGUCAUUUCUACCUUAAAUAGGUGUUAAAUUUCUGGCCAAUUCUUAUGCUAUUAUAAAACAAACUCAAUCCUCUUACUUUAAAAAUUGGACUUUUUAUUUCUCUUGAAGUAGAAGGGUUACCAGCAGCUUUCUAAUUGUGGUGUGGAUGGUAGAAAAAGUUUAAUUUUAAAUAACAGAGCUUAGCCUUUAAAUCUGCCACUGGGGACCAGUGGUUGUACAAAGCUCACUUGUUAGUGGAGGCCAGGUGAGAUUAAGCCUGACUGUACAACUGCUCGAAAGGAUUGGGAUUUUUGUACAAAUUUAGCAGCUUGUUUUACAGCAAUUCUGCUUCAUUUAUGUUAGUGUUCUUCACAGUUUAAAAAAAAAAAAGCAGCUUGCUUAUUGGCUGUUAUAAGUGACUUUUCUUUCCUUAGCCAGUUACGAAGAUGCUUCUGUACCUUCAUUUACAUUAUUAAAGCCUUCUCCAUCUCUGAUAUCAAAGAAUACACUUUUCUUAAGGGGCUGCUCUUUAUAAAGGUGCCCAAUUCUUACACCAUUGAAAGGGAAAAGGUGGCUGUUUCUAUCAGGAGUGUGAGACUUGACCUGCUCCCUGGGGGUACCAGCAGGAGCUUGAAGGCUAAUGGCCAAGCAGUGCCUUGGGCAGCACCCAGGGUCUCAGGCUCUGCCACAUGGGAUAUUAUAAGAGAACCAUAAAAUUAAAAAGUUGGCUAAUUCAUUCCCA